AAAUGUUAUGUAUUUAUAUAUUAGAAAAAACAAUAAAAAAGCAGCUUGUAAUUUACGUACAGAUACGGCACACAGCCAGUAGCUGCCUACGUACAAAAGACAAUACUACUAUAUAAUAACAUCAUUGCGGUAACAAUAAUAAUAUAUAAAGCGGCGUCGUUCCUCAGUCUCUGAAGCUAGCUCAUCCAUUCAUUCAUCAUCAGCUCCUCCGAUCCCCCUUCCGCGCGAGCAGCUGCUCUCCCGAUCUCCAUCACUACUGCAUGUCCUAGCUAGCUAGAGCUCAGCCACCUAGCUAGCUAGUACUUGCAGCAGCAGCAGCAGAUCAAGCAUAGCGUAGCCGCCGCCAUGCCGACCAAGAAAGCCCGCGCCGGCGGCUGCGACAUCCAGGCCACCGGCAUCAACUACCGCAUCGCCGUCUCCACCCAGCCCCCUCUCAAGGUCUGGAGCAGGUCAGACGACGACGCCCAAGACCACCACCUCAUCAGCGGCGUCCGCCACGUGCUCCGCAACGUCACCUGCCGCGCGCGCCCCGGCGAGCUGCUCGCCAUCGUCGGCCCCAGCGGCGCCGGCAAGUCCACCCUUCUCGAGAUCCUCGCCGGCCGCCUCUCCCCCUCCCCGGCGCCCGACCUGCUCCUCCUCGACGGCGCCGCCGCCGCCAGCGCCGACCUCCGCCGCGUCUCCGGCUACGUCACCCAGCGGGACGUCCUCUUCCCGCUGCUCACCGUGCGCGAGACGCUGCUCUUCAGCGCUCGCCUCCGCCUCGGCGCGACCCUGCCCGCCAAGGACAUGGACGCCCGCGUCGACGCGCUCCUCGACGACCUCACCCUGCGCCGCGUCGCCGCCACGAGGAUCAAGGACCUCUCCGGCGGGGAGCGGAGGCGCGUCUCCAUCGGCGUCGAGGCCGUCCACGACCCCGCGGUGCUCAUCCUCGACGAGCCCACCUCCGGCCUCGACAGCGCCUCCGCGCUCCAGAUCGUCGGCGCGCUCCGCGCCAUGGCCGAGACGCGAGGCCGCACCGUGCUGCUCAGCAUCCACCAGCCGGGCGCGCGCAUCGUCAAGAUGUUCGACUCCGUCCUCCUGCUGGCCGCCGGCUCCGUCCUCCACCACGGCACCGUCGAUCAGCUGCGCUGCCUGCUCGCUGACGCGGGCCUCCUUCUGCCCCCGCACGUCGACGCCGUCGAGUUCUCCAUCGACUCGGUCGACGCGCUCCGCACCCACCGCCGCCGCCUCACGCAGCAGCCGCAGGCGCCGGCGUCCUCCCGGCGCACGCUGCAGCAGCUGUUCCAGCUGCACAGCAAGCAGCAGGUGGCCGACGAGGUGGCUGAAUGUGUCCCCACCACCAAUUCGUACGCCAACUCGCGGGCGCGCGAGGUGGCGGUGCUGACGCAGCGCUUCUUCAAGAACGUGGCGCGCACGCGGCAGCUCUUCGCGUGCCGCACCGUGUGCAUGCUGGUGGCGGGGCUGGCGCUGGGCUCCAUCUUCUACGACCUCGGCGAGGACAAGGUGGCGGAGCGCGUGGGCCUCUUCGCCUUCCUGCUCACCUUCCUGCUGUCGUCCACGACGGAGGCGCUGCCAAUCUUCCUGCAGGAGCGCGAGAUCCUGGCCAAGGAGACGUCGUCGGGCGCGUACCGCGUGUCGUCGUACGCGGUGGCCAACGCGCUGGUGUUCCUGCCCUUCCAGCUGGCGCUCGCCGUGGUGUUCGCGGCGCCGGUGUACUGGCUGGCGGGGCUGCGGCGCACGGCGGCGGCGUUCGGCUACUUCCUGCUGGUGGUGUGGCUCAUCCUGUACACGGCCAACUCGGUGGUGGUGUGCUUCGCGGCGGCGGCGCCGGACUUCGUGGUGGGCAACGCGGCGAUCCAGGGGGUCAUGGGCUCCUUCUUCCUCUUCUCGGGCUACUUCAUCGCCAGGUCGGCCAUGCCGGGGUGCUGGGUGUUCAUGCACUACCUGUCGCUCUUCAAGUGGCCGUUCGAGGCGCUGCUGGUGAACGAGUUCGCCGGCGGCGGGAGGUGCGCGGUGCGGCUGCUGGGUGCCUGCGUGGCGACGGGGGACGAGGUGUUGCGGCGCGAGGGGCUCGGCGAGGAGUGCAGGUGGCGCAACGUGGGGGUCAUGGUGGCCUUCAUGGCGGUCUACAGGGUGCUGGGCUACGCCGUGCUCAGGGUCAGGUGCAAGUGAAGCAGAGCCAGAGGGGGCAUGGCCAUGGCCAUGCCCGCUUCCAGAGGGGGCAUGGUCAAUUCAAAAGCCGCAGUGUGACUGACUGAUCAAAUUCAAAUGUGCUAGCCCGGCCAGACGAUGUAUAACAGUGGAAAGCACAAACAAGCUCUGGCAACUGAAACACUUGGAGGGGAACAGCAGUCACCACCAAGCUAGCUCAUGUAGAGCAGCAGAACCGUAUAGUAGACGACUACAAGUUUGACAUACCACAACACCUAAUAAAUGUAACAUGUUUACAUGCCAAAUAAUUGUGUUAAUCAACGACAGUAAAUCAGCAAUA